AUGUCAUCCUCUAUAUCCCGCAACCAUGAACCGGCAGUCCUCAUAUUUGGCUCUCUCACACGGUCUUUUUCACAGUCGAAUCUCAGUGCACUGCGAACCACUAUCCUCUCUUCGCCACAACAUGCCUGGGUUAAAGACGUUAUUAGCUCGCUACCUGCGCACUAUAAGACCUUGACUGCCGAAAUUCCCGAUCUACAUGAUGUAGCCAGCAAGACCCAGAUCGAUAACAUAGCGAAAUGGCUGAACACUGCUGACCUCUCUCUGGACACUAAGCAGCUAUCGAACUCGCUUCUCGCACCACUAGUCGUAAUAGAGCAACUUGUGCAAUACAGCGCGUUUCUUGACGGCCAGCAAGCCGAACAUCAAAAGCCAGUGGUCAAGGAGACGGCCGGGUUCUGUAUUGGAUUGCUCAGUGCCUUCGCCGUCGCCCGUACGUACCAGUCAACGGCUACAGAUUUCGAUCAAAAUGCUGGAGUAGCAGCCUACAUCUCAGUAGCAUACGACAUAACGCGCAUGUCUGUCACGACGACCGUCUCGACCCUCGAGCCGCUUCAAAAGGCCCUGAGGGAUGCGGGUUUUUCUACCACCGAAUUGGGGCUCUCAGGACGUUUCCACAGUGAAUACGACCACCGUGGAUCGUUUGACUCGAUCAUGGACUUCUGCGACAAACAUCCCGCAUUCGCGUUCUCUUCGUCCACGCCAAAGAUCCCGACCAGAGCCAAAGCUGGUGAAGCUCUGCUCAACAGCCAAGAGAGUCAUCACAAGCUUGCACUCCAGGCUAUCCUGUUGCACAAGUGUGAGUGGUAUAACAUUAUUUCGGACCUCAAAGCGUCGUAUCCGCCGAAGAGUGCAUGCUUUGUCUCCUUUGGCGAACGUUGCAUUCCAUCAAGUGUAUCAAGCAGUUUUGCUGGACGAACUACAUACUUUGACAAUGCGACUGCACUGUCGCGACGAGUGAACACGGACGAUGUUGCUGUCGUCGGUAUGUCGAUAAACGUCGCCGGAGCAUCCUCUCUUCCUGAAUUCUGGAACCUCCUUGCGGCAGGAAGGUCGCAGCACAGGCGUGUGUCCGAAGAUAAGUUUUCCUUCGACACCGUUUUCCGGGAAAACGAUGCCGCCAAGAACUGGUACGGAAACUUCAUCGAUGGCGUAGAGGACUUUGACCACAAAUUCUUCAAGAAGACACCCAGGGAGAGCUCCAGCAUGGACCCUCAGCAACGACUCCUGCUUCAGUGUGCUUACCAGGCUGUCGAGAUGUCGGGCUACUUUAACGACACCAACAAGGCCGAUGCCGGUAGCGGAGCUUCGGCCGCCGACCUGAAGAACAUUGGCUGUUACAUCGGCAUGUGCGGCAACGAUUACGUAGCCAACUGCUCGCACCACGCGCCAACCGCAUAUACUGCAACGGGCACCCUGCGAUCCUUUGUGGCUGGGAAGCUCUCACACUACUUUGGAUGGCUCGGCCCUUCGCUUACGCUCGACACAGCCUGCUCUGCGUCUGCAGUCGCCAUCCACACCGCAUGUCGUGCUAUCCUGUCCGGGGAGGUCGUUGCCGCGCUCGCUGGUGGCACAAACACCAUCAGUGAGCCAGGUGUUUAUCAGAACCUUGCUGGUGCAUCGUUCCUCAGUCCGACCGGUGCUUGCAAGCCGUUCGACGCGAAUGCAGACGGCUACUGCCGCGGAGAAGCGGUUACGGCUGUCUUCCUCAAGUCGCUGUCCAAAGCAAGAGAAGAUGGGGAUGUCAUCUUUGGUGUCAUCUCUGGUACCGCCGUGGCUCAGAAUAGCAACGACACGCCCAUCGUAGUCCCUAACGCACCCUCUCUGUCAACCCUCUUCAGAUCAGUACUGCAGACGGCCAAACUGGAUGCGCAGGAUGUUUCCGUGGUCGAAGCGCAUGGUACAGGAACACCAGUAGGCGAUCCUGCAGAAUACGCCGCCAUCCGUCAUAUUUUCGGACAAGAAAAAGGCAACCGGAUAGAAAGACCGGUUGCGUUGGAGUUGGGCUCGGUGAAAGGCCUGGUCGGGCACACAGAAGGCAGCUCUGGUGCCGUCAGUCUCAUCAAAGUGCUGUGUAUGAUGCACGAGGCUGCCAUACCGCCCCAGGCAAGUCACUCCGUUUUGAACCCGGCAAUAGGCGCGAACGCAAACGAUGGCAUCAAGAUCUCGACUGAACUGAAGCCAUGGAAUGCUGAGUUCAAGGCCGCGCUGAUCAACAACUACGGUGCGAGCGGGAGCAAUGCCUCUAUGGUUGUUACUCAGGCUCCCAAACUUAGCCCUGAAGCCGCUGCAACUGUUAAGCGUGGGAAAGAGGAUUCAGAUAUCCGAUAUCCGUUCUGGUUUGCUGGUCUCGAUGACAGAAGCAUACGUUCUUUCACUACCAAGCUCCGCGAUCAACUCAACCGGAAACCAAAUGCGCCUAUACAAGAUCUUGCAUUCAACAUCUCACGACAAUCGAACCGCUCACUUCCCCGAGCUCUACUGUUAAGUGCCCGGUCGGUCCCGGAUCUUUUUGGAAAGCUCGCCGAACUCGACAAGGUUGCCACAAGUUUCACCGACGUGUCCUCGUCCAAGCCAGUCAUUCUAUGCUUCGGCGGCCAAAUGUCGACAACUAUCAACCUUGAUCGGGUUUUAUACAACAGGAUCACCCUUCUACGCCAGCACAUGGAUCGCUGCAACGACUUGGCCAUCGCACUUGGUGCCGGAAGCAUCUACCCCGCGGUCUUCCAAGACACACCCAUCUCCGAUAUUGUUCUCCUCCAAGCUGCGUUGUUUGCGCUGCAGUACAGUACCGCUCAGUGCUGGAUCGAGUGCGGUGUCAGGCCCGUUGCCGUAGUCGGUCACAGUUUUGGUGAGCUAACAGCCAUGUGCUUAUCUGGUGUGAUCGGUCUCGAGGACGCAAUGAAAAUGAUCAUCCGUCGUGCUACCGUUGUCCGAGAAAGUUGGGGUCCCGAGAAAGGCUCCAUGCUAGUCAUCGAUGCAGAUGAGGACGACGUCUUGAAAGUAUUAGCCGAUGUCGAUCAAGUCCACGACGCGUCCAUCGCAUGCUACAAUACUCCGCAAUGCUACACCGUAGCUGGAUCUGUACACAGUGUUGAUCUUAUUCAAGCAACAGUUUCGGAAAAGUAUCCUCACCUGCGAGUAAAAAGAUUGAGCGUCUCGAACGCCUUUCACUCUGGUCUGGUCGAUUCACUCCGACCAAAACUGCAGCAAAUUGGCAAGGAUCUUACCUUCAACCAGCCAACACUUCAUUUCGAGAGGUCUUCCAAUAGCUCCAUGUACAUGAAGCCAUUCGACGCGGAUGUCGUCGCCGAUCAUUUGAGACAGCCUGUGUAUUUCUCUCAUGCUGUUCGUCGUCUUGCAAAGAGGUAUCCUUCCGCCGUUUGGCUUGAAGCGGGUUCCAACGCGACCAUCACUUCAAUGGCAACCAAGUCUCUUGCAAAACCAUCGGAUCACCAUUUGCAGGCCGUAAAUUUAUCAGGUUCUCAAGGCUUACAGAGACUCAUUGACUCCACAAUGGCUCUUUGGAAAGCUGGAGUCAAUGUAACGUACUGGGGUCAUUCAAGGGCUCAAACAGAGGAUUACGACUCCAUACUGCUGCCACCAUACCAGUUUGAGAGGAAUAGACACUGGCUUGAGCUUAAGGCCCCUCCAAAGGUUACGACCAUCGUGAACGAGAAGAUGGAGGAGAUCCUGCUAGAGCUCUACACAUUCACUGGAUACCAAGAUACUCAGCAACGCUCCGCCAGGUUCCGAAUCAACACCAUGCUACCGAAGUACCAUGAUAUCGUUGCUGGUCACGUUAUUGCCGGCGUAGCACCAAUCUGCCCAGCAACAGUGCAGAUCGAUAUUGCCAUCGAAGCGCUGAGGAGUCUCUUCGGACAUCUCGCGGGCGAUGAAGUCCAACCGCAGAUCCGCAGCAUGACGAACCUUGUCCCCAUAUGUGUUGACGCUUCGCGUUCUGUAUGGCUUGAGGCUGAAGCGCUAGAUGUUGAGCGCACAAGUUGGAGCUGGAAGUGGACAUCCACAAGCCCCACAAGUGCCGUGCCCACUACUCAUGUAUCUGGUGAAAUCCAUUUCCGCAAAUCAGUCGAUAUCCACUAUCAGGCAGAGUUUGCGCGUUACGAACGACUCGUUAGCCACCGCCGAUGCAUAAAACUUCUGCAAUCGGAAAACCCAGACGACGUACUCCAGGGCCAGAGGAGUAUCUACCGUGUAUUCUCGCCUAUCGUCCAGUAUUCUCCUCUUUACUUUGGCUUGCAGAAGCUUGUCGGCCGAGGAUCAGAAUCGGCUGGCCGUGUCAUCAAGAAGCACACGGGCAAAACUUGGCUCGAUGCUUUUUUGUCGGACGCAUUCUGUCAGGUAGCCGGGAUCUGGGUAAACUGCAUGGCGGAGGAAAGCGAGAAAGACAUGUGGAUCGCCAAUGGUAUCGAGCAGUGGAUACGUGCCCCCACCAUGACAAAGCCACAGACUUGUUCGAUUGAUAAAUGGGAUAUCUUUGGGCAACACUCGCGCUCCGCAGACGGUACAACCACGUUGUCAGAUGUAUUCGUCUUUGAUGCUGGAACUGGGAGGCUUGUUGAGGCUAUUUUGGGUAUUCAAUACGCAAAGGUGUCGAGAUUGUCGAUGGGGAAAUUGCUGUCCCGUCUAUCUCGCGACAUAGACGGACCGGUACAGCCAGUGGUCAAGGGCGGUCCUCCGGUUCUCUCAGCAUCCAUCCCUCUCCCCGAUUUGGCGCCUCCUAAGACCGUGUAUGCUGCGGAGACCAUCCGAGCACCCAAAAGCACGCAAGAGGAUGUUUUCAAGAGACUCAAAGCAAUUUUGGCCGAAUUAUCUGGCCUCGACGUUGACGAGAUCAAAGACAACGUCGAGCUCGGCGACAUCGGUGUUGACUCACUCAUGGGAAUGGAGAUGGCAAAAGAGAUUGAGAACGAGUUCAGUUGCACACUACCUCAAGACGAGCUCGCACACGUCACUGAUCUACCGGAUCUGCUCCGCUGCGUGCAGGGAGCGCUCGGGACAACAAUCAUCGGCCCAGACAUCUCAUCUGCGCCAACGUCUUCGGACGACAAUGACACGGACACUGUCGAUUCAAUCACGCCUAUGUCAGUUCCAGACGAAGCCGAGGCCUUCCCGUUUGACCUCGUCUUGUCUCAAGACGCCGUAGUCAAAGCUUUCAGCGAGUCAAAGUUGCAGACCGAUAAGCUUAUGGAACAGUAUGGCAUUCACGGGUAUCUGCAAACCGUCGCGCCGCAUCAAGAUGAAAUGUGCGUAGCACUCAUUGUUGAAGCGUUUCGAAACCUGGGAUGUGAUCUUGGUGCUGCAAAACCAGGUCAAGAGCUAUCAUUUAUCACGCAUGCUGGCGACCAAAAGAAGUUUGCACAAUAUCUUUAUACGGUACUCGAAAAAGCCAGGGUCGUGCAGCACAAUAAUGGAGGAAUCACCCGUACUGAUGUCCCGGUUCCAUCAAAGACGAGUAGCGACCUGUUUCGCGGCCUACUCGACAAUUUCCCAGAGCACGCGUGCUGCAACGAGCUAGCGUACUAUACUGGCUCGCGUCUCUCCGAUAUCAUAACAGGACAGGAAGAUGGUAUCAAACUCAUCUUCGGCACCGAACGAGGCCGUGAGCUCGUCGGCGCUGUGUACGCUGACUUCCCGAUGAAUAAGAUGUACUACGAUCAAAUGGGCGAUUUCCUUCGUCGUCUUGCAUCAUCACAUCUGCAAAGUCGGGAACAGGGACCUUUGAAGAUUCUUGAAAUGGGGGCCGGCACUGGUGCCACGACGAGGACUCUGAUUCCCCUGUUGGCCAAUCUGGGCAUCAUGGUUGAGUACACCUUCACCGACCUGGCAUCCAGUUUCGUCGCUGCAGCGAGGAAGAAGUUCAAGCAGUAUCCUUUCAUGAAGUUUAGAGUCCACGAUAUUGAGAAGGAACCCGCAAAGGACUUGCUGCACAGCCAACAUGUCGUCAUCGCAAGCAAUGCUGUGCACGCAACGCGCAGUCUGCCUCUAUCGACCACGAAUAUUCGCAAGAUGCUUCGACCGGAUGGCUUGUUACUUCUACUCGAGAUGACAGAGCCCAUGUAUUGGUGCGACAUCAUCUUUGGUGUUUUUGAAGGCUGGUGGAUGUUCGAAGAUGACAGACAGCAUGCUGUAACCUCACCCCAGGCAUGGGAAAAAGUCCUGCACAGUGUUGGUUAUGGGCAUGUCGAUUGGAGCGAUGGAAGUGCGGAAGAAAUCAACUGCGAACGGCUAAUUAUUGCCACAGCAGGAGGCACACAAGCUGAGCGUUUGUUGCCUCCUUCAAAGCAUGGAAAGAGCGAGGACUUCCGUCAUGUCGAAAGGAGGGCUUCGACUGAGAGAGCCAUCCGCGGAAAUACUGCUGACUUCGCAUUGCCUCCAAGAUUGGACUCGGUCUCCCACGACGCUCGCCGAUCAGGACAAUGCGUUCUCAUCACCGGCGCCACUGGUAGCCUUGGAACACAUAUGGUCGCUCAUUACGCCAAUCUUACCGCGAUAUCGUCAAUCAUCUGUCUAAAUCGACGAAAUAGAUCCUCUGGCCUCGAUCCUCUCGCGCGCCAGCUGAUCGCCCUUACAUCAAGAGACAUCAUCCUCUCUCCACAGGCAACGAACAAAGUCUCCGUAUUCGAAGUCGAUAUCACGAAGCCACACUUUGGCCUUCCACCUCACACAUACGACUCGCUUGUCAACACUGUAACACACAUCGUUCACAAUGCGUGGCCCAUGAACGCGAAACAGCCCUUUUCAGCCUUCACCCCACAAUUCCGUGUCCUUCGUAACCUCAUCGACUUUGCAGCACUCAUAUCUUCAAAACGCCCAUCUAAUUUUGAAGUGGGCUUCCAGUUCAUAUCUUCCAUCGCGACUGUAGGCCACUAUCCCCUGCACGAGGGAUCAUCUGCGGUGCCUGAGCAGCGUAUGACCAUCGAGCAUGUGCUACCCAAUGGCUACGGCGACGCAAAAUACGUCUGCGAACGCAUGCUUGACGCCACACUGCAUCAGCAUCAUUCUCGCUUCAAAGUAACGGUCGUGCGGCUUGGACAAGUCGCUGGAUCCUCCACUUCAGGAUACUGGAACGAGACCGAGCACCUCCCUUUCCUGCUCAAGAGCUCACAGACACUGGGGGCGCUGCCUCGGUUCGAAGGUCCCGUGAGCUGGACGCCUGUCGAUGCUGUGGCACGCGUGUGUGCUGAUCUUGCGCUGGGGGAGAUGACCCAGGGAGGGUUUUAUCACAUCGAUAAUCCUGUUCGCCAGCCGUGGAGUGACUUGCUGCCUUUGCUUGCUCAGGAGCUUGAGAUUCCUGAAAUUAUUUCUUUUGGGGAGUGGAUUCGGCGUGUGAGAUCAUUUCCUUCAUCGGGCACCACAGGCCAGGUGGACCUUAAUCCGGCAAACCGACUUGUGGAUUUUCUCGAGACUGACUUUUUACGAAUGAGCUGUGGGGGUGUGUUGCUGGAAACAGAAAGGAGUCGUAAUGACUCGGAGGGUAUGCGAAAUAUCGGGCCUGUGGAUGAUGAUACAGUGCGCCGAUUCAUUCAAAGUUGGAGAAAACGUAAAUUCUUAGUGUAG